GGCUGUUGUGUGCAGAAUUCCGCUUGAUAGUCUCCCUGACAUCUCCCGUCACCACGGAGCGGCUCAUAUCCUCCUCCUGUUUCACCUUCUUUACUACUGCAUACAUUUGUUCUCCUCACCACCAGCUUGUUUCAUGACUUCUGGCCCAUCACCAUGGCUUACAAGUCGCGCUUUUCAUUUUGGGAACAAAAGGGAAGUCUUGUUCUUUUUUCCUUUUGUUUCAUGUCUGCAUUUUGACUCAUUUGUGAUCGAGAAAAACUCCGGUGACAAUCUGGUGGUUUGAUCUGUUGUGUUGCUUCUUUUUGUGUAGGUUAAAGUUGAGAACAAGCCAGAUCCUGAUGUAGAUGCUAGUCAGCUACACGCAGUUCCUAAACCUGGGCUAGACACAGGAAGUGCAUCAUCAGCAGACGACACUAAUAAUAACGCUGCAAUGGAUGGCCCAGAUGCUGCAGGAGGGGCGCAGAAGUCUUCCGGUAAAACGGUGAAGGUUGUGAGAAAAGUUGUAAGACGGGUCGUUCCCACAGCAACACAGGAGCAGAACCAGACGUCCGAAGUUCCCAAAGUUACUGCUGGACUUAAAGCUCCAAAGUCUUCAGGGGACGACAAAGAUGACAUCUCCAUGGGCCUGACCAGCCUCAUGGGCAGAGGACGAACCAAGGAACACCGGACUCGUACGCGCAACCAAGACCGCAAAGAAGACAUGACGGAGCUCAAGCAGGAGGAUCUUAAAGGAGAGGAGGAGAAUGUAGAAAUAACUGAGGAUUCCACAUCCACUGCUGCACUGAAGGGUGGAUCACCAAAUACUGCAGCACCAAAUUCAAACCCCCUCACGCCACCUUACAGCUUUAUACCAUCUCCCAAACCUGAGCUUUUGGCCCCACCUGCUGGCUUCAUCUCCGCCUCCAAGCAGAAUCUCUUGACGGCUCCGCCCGGUUUUAUACCCGUCAAAAGGUCCAGCCCAAUCCCCCUAAAACACAAUUUUCUGGCAAGACCUGCAGGUUUCAUCCCCGCCCCAAAGGCAGAUCCUCUGGCCCCUCCUGCCGGGUUCAUCCCAAAACCUCGCCCACUAGCAGUCAAGAAAUUUGUGGUACAGAGUGAAAGAACUGCACGUUUGUCACUUAACCCCUGAGCGGAGCAUGCUGGGUGAUAAUAACCAUGAUAAUACACCUCACAAUA